CUGGGCGUAGACCGGAAGGGCCGCAGUCCAUCCUCUGCUUCGGCAUGCAGUCUGGCCGAUCUACUUUUAGCCCGUGGCGUCUCAGCGGAGCGCGGCUCGCCUCUCCUGCAGCAAGGCCGGCGCCAUGCACCGCAGCCAGGCGCCCCCGACGAUGCCCCAGGCGGGCGACGCAGGCCAUGGCACGAACAUGUCUUUGACAGCUCAAGACGUGCCUCAACCGCCACCGCCGCAGCGCGAGUGCCGGCCACUGCGAAAGCUGGUCGAAGGCACGCGCACACGAGACAGAGGCUGCAGGGCUCCAGCGGAGCGGCUGCGCUCGCAGGCCGCUCUCUUCCUCACCUUCGCGCGCGGAGGAGGACAGGAACCCGGACGCUCGUACACUAGCGGAGACUCAAAGCUCGAAGAGUCCGAUUGCUCUGCAGAGGCAGCCUAGCUUUGC